GGAGGCCGCGGCGGCCGGGCGGGAGCUCUUCGGGCGGCGCUCGGACGCCCGAGGUCUGGAAGGCACAGAAAUGGAGCAAGAGGCACAAAAUGGAGAACCUGCUGAAAUUAAGAUCAUCAAGGAAGCAUACAAAAAAGCCUUUUUAUUUGUUAAUAAAGGACUGAAUACAGAUGAAUUAGGUCAGAAGGAAGAAGCAAAGAACUACUAUAAGCAAGGAAUAGGACACCUGCUCAGAGGAAUCAGCAUUUCAUCAACAGACCCUGAGCACACAGGUCCUGGGUGGGAAUCUGCUAGGCAGAUGCAACAGAAAAUGAAAGAAACACUACAGAAUGUACGUACCAGGUUGGAAAUUCUAGAGAAGGGCCUUGCCACUUCUCUAAGGAAUGAUCUUCAGGAGGUGCCCAAGUUAUAUCCAGAAUUUCCACCUAAACACACAUCUGAAAAGUCACUGGCGCCUCAGUCCUUUAGUUCACCUCCUCAGCCUACUGAGGUAAAUGGAAACACUUCAGCUACCAGUACAGGGUCAGUUCCUGCACCUAGUUCUCUAUCCUUACCAUCUCAAAGUCAUCCAGCAGAAGCACCUCCUGCUUAUACUCCUCAAGCUGCUGAGGGUCACUAUACUGUAUCAUAUGGGACAGAAUCUGGGGAAUUUUCAUCAGUUGGGGAAGACUUCUACAGAAAUCAUUCUCAGCCACCUCCUCUUGAGACCUUAGGGCUUGAUGCAGAUGAGUUGAUUUUGAUACCAAAUGGAGUACAGAUUUUUUUUGUAAAUCCUGCAGGGGAGGUUAGUGCACCUUCAUAUCCUGGAUAUCUUCGAAUUGUGAGAUUCUUGGAUAAUUCUCUUGAUACAGUUCUAAACCGUCCUCCUGGGUUUCUUCAGGUUUGUGAUUGGUUGUACCCUCUAGUUCCUGAUAGAUCUCCAGUUCUUAAAUGUACUGUAGGAGCCUACAUGUUUCCUGAUACGAUGUUACAAGCGUCAGGAUGCUUUGUGGGGGUCGUCUUGUCUUCUGAAUUACCAGAAGAUGAUAGAGAACUCUUUGAAGAUCUGUUAAGACAAAUGUCUGACCUUCGGCUCCAGGCAAACUGGAACCGGGCUGAAGGAGAAAAUGAAUUCCAAAUCCCUGGCAGAGCAAGAUGCCCCUCUGACCAACUAAAGGAAGCCAGUGUCUCUGAUGUGGGACAAUUGGAUCCUUCAUUGGACCAAGGUAGUAAGGAUAUACGCCAUAAAGGAAAACGGGGUAAGAAGGGGGCAGACUGUCUACUGAUCAACCAGUCGCUAUCACGUGCACUGACCACCAGGGGGAUGACGCUCCAACUGGGUAAAGGUACUUCAAGUGAAGAAGUCAAUCUGAGUCACAUGGUACCCUAUGAGCCAGUUGCAGAAGAAAAAGCAAAGGAAUUACCUGAAUGGAGUGAGAAAGUGGCUCAAAACAUUUUGUCAGGUGCUUCCUGGGUAAGUUGGGGUUUAGUUAAAGGUGCUGAAUUUACUGGCAAAGCAAUCCAGAAAGGUGCUUCUAAACUCCGAGAACGGAUUCAACCAGAAGAAAAACCGGCGGAAGUUAGUCCAGCUGUGACCAGGGGACUUCAUAUAGCAAAGCAGGCUACAGGAGGAGCAGCGAAAGUCAGUCAGUUCCUGGUUGAUGGAGUUUGCACUGUAGCAAAUUGUGUUGGGAAGGAACUAGCUCCACAUGUCAAGAAGCAUGGAAGCAAACUUGUUCCAGAAUCUCUUAAAAAAGACAGAAAUGGGAAGUCUCCCCUGGAUGGUGCUAUGGUCGUGGCAGCAAGUAGUGUUCAAGGAUUUUCAACUGUUUGGCAGGGAUUGGAAUGUGCUGCUAAAUGCAUUGUUAACAAUGUUUCAGCAGAAACAGUACAAACUGUCAGAUACAAAUAUGGACAUACUGCAGGAGAAGCUACACAUGAUGCAGUAGAUUCUGCCAUCAAUGUUGGUGUAACUGCCUAUAAUAUUGACAACAUUGGCAUCAAAGCAAUGGUAAAGAAAACUGCUAAACAAACUGGACAUACAAUCCUUGAGGACUAUAAAAUAGUUGAUAAUUCAAAGGGGGGAAAUCAAGCAGGGGGAGCAAAUGUAAACAUGAAGGGGGAGAAGGAUGACCAGACAGAGGAACUGGAGAAGAAUGAAGCAAAGAAGAAAGAUAAAUGAUGGAUAUGCUAUGAUUCACCUAUACCAAAGCCUUACAAGAUGAAUGCAAUUGUGUUGAUAGGCAAAUGUGAAAUUCCCCAUGGAUUAGUAGUUUUUAAUUGUGUUCAUUUCUACAAAGUGAGUGUUUAAUAAGUUUUAAGGCAUGUAUUCUACUUAUAAAGAAAAUAAUUGGUAUUCUUUCAUCUGGCCUUUAGAAAUAUAGUUAUAUUCUAUUAUAGUUAUAGUUUAUUUUUUUCUAAAUGUGGCUAACAUUUUUGCAGUUAAAAUUAAUAAUACAUGUGCCCUCAUUAAACCUAAUGUUAAACUGUUUUUGUAUUUUCUAUCUUUCAGAAAGCAAAGUAGGAUAUUAUUAUAUACUUACAUAAAAUUUGGCAUUUAGUAUAGUAACCUUAAUUUUAUUUGUACUGGGAAGGAAUGACUUAAAAUAUUGUUUUCUCUUUUUGCACUAAUUGUGUAUUUUUUUUUAGGUAUUUGUCAGUAUUUCCAGUAUAUAAGCUAAACAAAAACUAUAUUUCUAAACUAAAAUAAUUCUCAGAUAACAUUUAAAAAGACUUUUUCAAAAUAGGGAAUAGACCAAUGAAAAACAAAAUAAGGUUUAUGAAAUUAUUUAGUAGCUUACUCUUCAUUAGGAAAUGAGAUGGUCUUUUAGACUUAAAAUGAAUACAGAGAGAUUAAUAAGUCUUCUGGAUUUCAACUUGUA